AUGCUUGGCUCCACAGCUUGGCUCCACAGGAUGCUGCCCAUCACAGAGCAACUGCUGCACCUCCUGGGGUUGGAGAAGACGGCGUUCCGUUUGUAUGCUGUGUCCGGGCUCCUUCUCACCCUGCUCUUCUUCCUCUUCCGUCUGCUGCUGCAGUUCCUGAGGCUCUGCUGGGGUUUCUAUAUCACCUGCCGCCGACUACGCUGCUUCCCCCAGCCACCCCGGCGCAACUGGCUGCUGGGCCACCUGGGCAUGUAUCUCCCAAAUGAGAGAGGCCUCCAAGAUGAGAAGAAGGUGCUGGACAACAUGCACCACGUGGUCCUCGUGUGGCUAGGGCCUGUCCUGCCACUCGUGGUUCUGGUGCACCCUGACUACAUCAAGCCCCUGGUGGGCGCCUCAGCUGCCGUUGCCCCUAAGGAUGACCUUUUCUAUGGCUUCCUGAAACCUUGGCUGGGAGACGGGCUGCUGCUCAGCAGAGGUGACAAGUGGAGCCGGCACCGCCGCCUGCUGACGCCUGCCUUCCACUUCGACAUCCUGAAGCCCUACAUGAAGAUCUUCAACCAGUGCGCUGACACCAUGCAUGCUAAAUGGCGGUGCCUGGCAGGGGGCUCAGAGGUCUCCCUUGACAUGUGUGAGCAUGUCAGCCUCAUGACCCUGGACUGUCUUCAGAAAUGUGUCUUCAGCUACAACAGCAACUGCCAGGAGAAGAUGAGCGAUUACAUCUCGGCCAUCAUUGAACUGAGUGCCCUGGUGGUCCGGCGCCAGUAUCGCCUGCAUCACUACCUCGAUUUCAUCUACUACCGCACGGCUGAUGGACGGCGCUUCCGGCAGGCCUGCAACACCGUGCAUGGUUUCACCACAGAGGUCAUCCAGGAGCGGCGGCGGGCGCUACGCCAACAGGGGGCUGAGGCCUGGUUUAAGGCCAAGCAGGGCAAGACCUUGGACUUCAUUGAUGUGCUGCUCCUGGCCAAGGAUGAAGAUGGAAAGGAACUCUCAGACGAGGACAUCCGAGCUGAGGCAGACACCUUCAUGUUUGAGGGUCAUGACACAACAUCUAGCGGGCUGUCAUGGGUACUGUUCAACUUGGCCAAGUAUCCAGAGUACCAGGAGAAGUGCCGAGAAGAGAUCCAGGAAGUCAUGAAAGGCCGGGAGCUGGAGGAACUGGAGUGGGACGACCUGACCCAACUGCCCUUCACCACUAUGUGCAUCAAAGAGAGCCUCCGCCAGUUCCCACCUGUGACCCUGGUCUCCCGCCGCUGCACGGAGGACAUCAAGCUCCCAGACGGACGCAUCAUCCCCAAAGGAAUCAUCUGCCUGGUUAGCAUCUAUGGGACCCACUAUAACCCUGAAGUGUGGCCUGACUCCAAGGUGUACAACCCCUAUCGCUUUGAUCCAGACAACCCACAGCAGCGCUCCCCAUUGGCUUACGUGCCCUUUUCUGCAGGACCAAGGAACUGCAUCGGACAGAGCUUCGCCAUGGCUGAGAUGCGCGUGGCUGUGGCGCUGACGCUACUGCGCUUCCGCCUGAGCGUGGACCGAACGCGCAAGGUGCGGAGGAAGCCCGAGCUCAUUCUGCGCACGGAGAAUGGCAUCUGGCUCAAGGUGGAGCCGCUGCCUCCGCGGGCCUGA